CCCUAUGAGCUAUCGAAUUGUCGAGGUGUCGCCAACAACAACACAUCCAUAGCAAAAUCGAAAGUAAAUAGAAAAAUAGUGCAAUUUUUUCAUAUUCUGACGACAAAAUGGUAUCGCGUUUCGAUCAGCAAAAAACCAAGCACCAGCUCUUCCAUGUGUCGAUCAGUCUGGCUACCAUAUUGAUAUGCAUGACCUACAUGCAAUAUCGCCGGAAUUGGGCUCAUCUCGGAAGCUUUUGGGACUCCCUGAUUGUUCCGAUUGUGUUUAUUGGUGAACUGCUGAAAGUAAUACUAGCCCGGUUCUUUGGGCGCAUUGAGGACGGCGUGCUAACUGCCAAACAGCGACAGAAAAAAGCUGCAUACUUCACGCCACGCGAACUGCUCGGCGGUCUAACGUUGCAAUUUCUGUGCACACUGCUCUACGCAUUUAUUUGCAUCAUUCUGGGUGCACCUGUGUUGGCGAACUAUGAGCAGACGUUCGUGUUGUCGCUGCUAAUGACUCUGCUCACAGUUUCACCGACUGUUUUCCUACUCGGCGGCGGAGGCGCCUUGCAAGUGUGCUUCUGUGAAAAGCCAGACUUCAUAACCAAGUGCGAGGACACGGCGCUGCAUUUAUUCAAGUACAAUGCACUUGGCGGCAUUCUGGGCGCCUGGGCUGGCAGUGUGGUGGCUCCGCUGGACUGGGGACGCGACUGGCAGGCCUAUCCCAUACCGAAUGUGAUUGGAGCCCUGCUGGGCAGCGCUCUGGGCAAUAUUUAUGCUUGUACACAUGUGUUGUAUGCGUGUGGACGCGUUUACAUGAGCAAGAAACGUGCUUAAGGCCAAUAAUGUAAUCAAUAAAUCCUGCCACAAAACAAAAAAGAAGUUUACGUUGCGCUGCCAUCACACCCACAUCUAAUGAAGCGAAUCGCAUCGUUGUGUCUAGUCAACAGCUUAUGAUUUACAUACCUACACAUACAUAUACCAAAAAGCAAUUAACAAUACUUUAAUGUUACAAGUUUAAGCAAUUUAUUAGCGUGUAUAAUUAAUUCAUUUUUAAAUCAAUCAACUAAUAAACUAACAAUUAACACA